AUGUUAAAUAGGUCAACUAAUGGUGGUGGUGCCUCAACACCAGCUGGUGGUGGUGGAGGUUCAAAACGUCUAGCUCAACAACAGGCACAAGUGGACGAAGUUGUGGAUAUAAUGAGACAAAAUGUUGAUAAGGUGUUAGAACGUGACAAAAAUUUGUCACUCCUUGAUGAUCGAGCUGAUAAAUUACAACAUAAUGCAGCUCAAUUUGAACAACAUGCAGGAAAAUUAAAACGAAAAUUUUGGUUGAAGAAUAUGAAGAUGAUGAUUAUUUUGGGAAUAAUAGGCACUAUUUUUGCCAUAGUGGUAAUAGCAUGGAUCUAUUCGAAAGUUAAAGUAGUUGUACCUGCUCCUUCAACUGCUGAUGUAACAACAUCUAUUCCAUCGGUAAAUGAUGGAUUACCUAAAGUAGCCGGUGGUUCAAUGGCUAUACCAGGUGAACAAAAAGCAACAUCAAAACGUCGUAAACAUCGAACAACGGCAACAUCAACAAUAGCAACUAUUCUAGUCAGCUCAACAGUGGCACCAAAAAAUGAAGAUGAUGGAUCUAAAAAUGAGGCAGAUACUUCAAAAACAGUUAUAAAACGAUUUAUUCGUACACUUAUACAAUAG